GUGCUUAUUUUUGUCGGCCGUACAGUUUUAUAAAAUUGUAAUUAUUAUUUUACCUAGAAGAUGGUUGUGCCGAGCUAUAUUAAAGAUAUUUUGCAAACUCUCGAUGACUCUACAGUACUGAAUUUACCGAUAUUCAAAGAGAAAAUCUUAAAAUUAGAGUAUGUAAAAUGUGAUAACCGGGAUGUGGUUUUCAGCCAAGAACUAAUACUACCUUUUUCUGAUAGUAAAAUAAUUAUCGCUGAUAUUUCUGAUUGGAGACGAUUAAGUGCUGAUUUUCCCAUGUGCAAUCCUGUUUAUGAGAUUACUUUCAAUUUGGAGAACAAUGAUGUUCAUUUUAAAGCAGGAGAUACAAUAGCCAUAACGCCAAGAAAUCGUAAAGAAGAGGUAGAUAUAUUAAUCAAAUAUUUGGGGCUAGAAAAAGUGGCAGAUACCAGCUAUACUCUUACACUGGAUUGUGAUCGUAAAGAUGCUAAGAUUCCUCCUCAUAUUCCUAUUAAGGCUACUCUGAGAUUUGUCUUGACAUAUUGUAUUGAUCUUAGAGGUAUUCUGAAAAAGGUAUUUCUAGUGGUUCUAUCAAAAUACACAACAGAUGAAUCAGAGAAGAAAGUACUAGAAUAUCUAAGCAGUAAGGAGGGUUUUCUAGCGUAUACUUCUAAUAUUUUAAACAAGAGCAUUUGUAUUUUGGAUAUAUUCCAAAUGUUUAAAUCUUGUAGACCCCCAGUGGAAGUUAUUUUAGAGCAUUUACCGAGGCUACUUCCAAGGCCCUAUUCAAUAUGUAAUACCUACCUCAAAGACCCAAAUAAAUUGAAAAUAUGUUUUUCUGUGAAAGAAAUUGGCAAUGACAGAAAGGGCCUAACAACCAGUUGGUUGGAAGAAUUGAUUACUACAAGUGAUGAUGUGGAAAAAAAUUUCGAAAAGAUAAGUUUAAAGGGAAACAAAAAGGUUCCUAUUUACUUUAGAAAAAAUAUUAAUGAAUUUAGAUUGCCUGAAAACACAGAAGCACCAAUGAUAUUAGUUGGCCCUGGUACCGGAGUAGCCCCUUUUAUGGGUUUCCUUGAAGAGAGAGAAAUAAAAAUGAAUGAGAAUAGCAGCAAUGUGCCAUGCGUAUGGCUUUUUAAUGGUUGUAGAUACGAAAGCUUCGAUUUUAUUUAUAAAAAUGAACUCAAAGACUUUGUAUCAAAAGGUGUUCUUAGUAAAAUAACAACAGCAUUUUCAAGAGAUGAGAAUUCAAAAUGUAGAUAUGUGCAGGACUGCAUAGCUGAACAUGGGGAAGAGGUUACUAAGUUAAUAGAAGACGGAGCUUACAUAUUUGUCUGUGGCGAUGUGAACAAAAUGGCGAAAGAUGUUAAAGAAACAAUUAUUAAGUGUGUAGAACAAUAUACAGACAGAACAUAUGAGGAGGCUGUACAGUUUAUUACAGAGUUGGAAAAACAAAAGAGAUAUGUGGUGGAUAUUUGGAACUGAGGUUAUGUAACAGAGUAAUUUUUCAUCAAAAACAAAACUAGUACAAAUUAUUAAAAAGACAGAUGAACAGUUUUGACGGCCUC